AUGGUAGCUCGGACACAGAUUGGAGCGUUGGCAUAUAAGCUAUCAAAAAGAAAAGCUGAUGACACUCUACAGAUGCUUCACUACAUUCUCUUUGGCAAGAAAGGAAGGGCACAGACUUUGAAGAAAAACAUAGGCAUGUUUUCAGGCUUUGUCUGGACAGAAAAUGAGGAGGAAAAGCAAAGGGCAAAAGUCAAGGAGAAGCUUGACAAAUGUGUUAAGGACAGAUUGUUUGUCUUUUGUGAUAUCCUCAAUAUUCGGUUGAACAAAGCUGUUGCAAAGAAGGAAGAUCUUUCAGCAAAGUUAUUGGAGUUCUUGGAAUCCCCACAUGCUACCACAGAGGUUUUGCUUGCUGACCAGGAACAGAAGGGUAAGAGACGGAAGGUGAAAGCAUCAACAAGUAAAACUUCAGGCCCUUCGGAUGCAGCUACAGGAAAGUCAGCAAAGAAACAAAAACAGGAUUCUGAAGUUGGGGAAAAGCGCAAGCGUUCCUCAACUGAGGAUGAAGAAGAUGAUGCGUUUGAGCAUUCUGACAGCAAACAAGAAUCUUUGGGGGAUGAGGAUAGUGAUGCAGUUGUCAAAGCAGAAAGUGAUAAUGAGCAGAGCAAGUCAGAUGAAGAUGUUGAAGAAGAUCACGAGGAACCCAAGCAGAAGCCAAGUGAGAAAAGUGCUUCUAAGAAGAGUGUGAAGAAGGAAUCUGGUGAUAAUAGCAGGGAGAAGUCUAAGGCAGUGAAGAAAGAGAGCCCAGCCAAAUCUCCCAAAACCUCUGGUAAAAGUGCCAAAAAAACAGUCAGUUCAGGAUCUAAGAAAGUUGCUACUGAAUCUGACUCAAAGGAGAAGUCCAAAGUUUCAUCUUCUAAGAAACAGAAGGUUGAAAAGGAGAGCGAGAAAGUACGUGAUGCUUCUGGGAAAGAAAAAGCUUCAAGUAUUAAGCAGUCAAGCAACUCUUCGGCAAAGGGUUCAGGAAAAGAUCAAGGGAAAUCAAAGAGUGACAAGAAGGCUAAGGCAGAACCCAGCAAUGAGGAAAUGCAUAAAGUAGUAGUUGCCAUUUUGAAGGAAGUGGAUUUUAACACUGCAACCUUAUCUGAUAUUCUCAGGCAACUUGGAACCCACUUUGGAGUGGAUCUAAUGCACCGAAAGUCUGAAGUUAAGGCUAUAAUUACUGAGGUUAUAAAUAACAUGACCGACGAGGAAGAUGAGGAAGAUGAUGAGGAAGCUGAGGCUGGGAGUAAUCAUGAGAAAGAUGAGGAUGAUGACAAUGAUGCUUAAAUUUAAAAUCCAAGCAUAUGCCGUGGAUGAGGAAUGUAUCAGUUUGAAUUAGUUGUUGAGUAUGAUGAUGAGAAGCGUUGUACAAGGGACUCUUAUCAGAUGGGGGUGUGCAGCACAACUGCAACUGCGGUAUCAUUUCCUUCUGUCAAACUUCUUACAGAUGAAGGCGGAAUAGGUCACCUGUAUCAUAUAACAUUUAACUGUGUGUCUGUACUUUGGAUGAAAUCUCACCAUUAGGGAUUUUUUACAUUCUAAUCCCCUUCCUAUCUUUAGCUUAUAGCUUGAGCAUGAAAUUGAUGUAGUUGUAUUUAUUUGAUGUUAAACUCUGUAAAACACCUAGGAAAUUUUCCAGAAGUGGGUUCAGUGAACUUAGAUUUGUAAUUUUUAUACUGUUCUUUGACACAUAGAUGAGACAUUUUACAGUGAGAAGGGUGGAUUUGAAAGGACGGUCUUUUACUUAUCUUCAA